AUGGCGAUGGGGGUUCGGGUGCAUUCAGAUGAUGACGACGACGAUGAUGAUUAUGAUGAUAUGGAUAUGCCUGUGAAUUUGGCAAAAUCAAAGUUUGAAACGGAGAAAUAUCAUUUUACGGAUGCAGAAAUUGAGGUGUUGGAAAUGAUGGAUGAGUAUCAGCCAGAAGAGUUUCAAUUUGACAUCCAGCUAAAGCCAUUCUUAUUGGAUUAUCAACCAGCGGUUGGAGAUGUUGAUACUUUUGUGAAGAUUCCACGGCCCGACGAGGUCGAAGAUAACGUUGGGAUGGUACAGCUUGACGAGCCAGCUCUGAAGCAAUCUGACCCUACCAUUUUGGAUAUGCAGUUGAGAAAUAGUUCAAAGGAGGCAAACGUCAAGUAUGAAGCUGCUGUGAAAAAGGUGGAACGGGCUGACAAAAACACGCCGUUAAUCGAAAAAUGGAUUGAAGAUAUUAAGGAAAUGCACCGUACCAAACCCUCUACAAACGUCCAUUAUACCAAACCACUCCCCGAUAUUGAGAGGUUGAUGCAGGAGUGGCCGGCCGAGUUUGAGGAGUCAUUGACCGGAACGAUGUUGCCGAACGCCCAGCUCGAUGUGGAUCUCCCGGUUUUUGUUGAUGUUUGUCUGAACCUGGUCGACAUCCCCGUCCACAAAUCGCGAAUCCAAUCCCUCCAUCUUCUAUUCUCCCUCUACUCCGAAUUCAAAAAUUCUCAGCACUUCCGCAAUUUGGCGCAGAACGCUGAUACCUCAGCAUUCAAGGAUAAUACUGACCGGUUAGAAUUG